GGAGAGCCAAGCCCCUACCCCAGUUUCCUGGCUGUUGAGCUUUGCGCGUUGCUGCGGCGCUCGCAGUGGUUCUCACCCCGGGAGGUCCUUAAGAUGAAUCACUGAGGAGUGCAACUGUUUCUUUGAGCAAUAAAAAGCACCCACACCACUUGGUCGCCUGUUGGAUGUUUUGUUUGAAGUCAUCGCAGUCAGAAGCACAGGCCCUGCCGACUGCGGGCACGAACGUAAAUCAAGUGACAGGCGUGUGUGAGCCCUGCAGAUUUUUCCAUAGACACAGAUUGAUGGUUGGGACGUAACUGUCUCUUCAACCACACCCAACCCCACAGGAAAUAAGACUAUCAGUGUCAUCUUUGAUUAGAAAGGGCUGACUACAACUCACAAGGAAUCAACUUUUCUCGAUGGAUCCAUUCAUCAAAUGAAAUAUGCCUCUACUUCAUAAUGGAAAUAUUUACUCCUCCUAAAAAUGAAAAUGAGGACAUUUAAGGAGGUGAUUUAAGGUGUGAACAUUUGAGAAAGUAUUCCAUCAAAUCAUUGAACCAAAGGAUAAGUACUGAUAGAUUAAUCCUAAAUACCUUUUUUUUUUUUUUAAACUGGGAGGAUUUCAUCUUGACAGAAAAACAACUUUUAUUCAGUAUGUAUUUUCUGAAAUUUAAAGAAAGAGACAAGAAUAAACAUAAAGGAAAAUAGAUGAAGAUGCUUAGAAAGUAAACAAUGUCCACUCUUUUCUGAUGAGGAUAAUUCAGUGAUGUUAAAUCCUUUCCAAAUCCGUGGUUGCGAUCCUGAAGUCAAGACUCUUUAUUGAAGGGACUGAUAUUAAGGGAAGUAGUGACCUUUUGUGCAUUCAAUUCACAGUUGUAGAACUUGCAAUCAUCAGUAUGAGUAGCUUAAAAGAGGAAAUAAAGUUUUCAACUAAAUCUAAAAGUACAGUCUUUUUUUUUCCUGCUGAGAUUUUAAAAACCUCUUCAUAACCAUUGAAAAAGAAUUGACAACUAUUUUAAAAGAUUAAAGAAAGGCAGAUGUCUGCAAACAGUUCCCCUCCAUCAGCCCAGAAGUCUCUAUUACCUGCAACUCUUCCUGUUGUGCUUCCAACUCCUCCUUCAUGUUCAAGUCCAAAGACAGGACUCUCUGCCCGACUCUCUAAUGGAAGCUUCAGUGCACCGUCACUCACCAACUCCAGAGGCUCAGUGCAUACAAUUUCAUUUCUACUGCAAAUUGGCCUUACACGGGAGAGUGUUACCAUUGAAGCUCAGGAACUAUCUUUAUCUGCUGUCAAGGAUCUUGUGUGCUCCAUUGUUUAUCAAAAGUUUCCAGAGUGUGGAUUCUUUGGCAUGUAUGACAAAAUUCUUCUCUUUCGUCAUGACAUGAACUCAGAAAAUAUUUUGCAGCUGAUUACCUCAGCAGAUGAAAUACAUGAGGGAGACCUCAUAGAAGUUGUUCUUUCAGCUUUAGCCACAGUAGAAGACUUCCAGAUUCGUCCACAUACUCUCUAUGUACAUUCUUACAAAGCUCCUACAUUUUGUGAUUAUUGUGGUGAGAUGCUCUGGGGACUGGUACGUCAGGGACUGAAAUGUGAAGGCUGUGGAUUAAAUUAUCACAAACGAUGUGCCUUCAAGAUUCCAAAUAACUGUAGUGGAGUAAGAAAGAGGCGUCUGUCAAAUGUGUCGCUGCCAGGACCUGGCCUCUCAGUCCCAAGACCCCUACAAACUGAGUAUGUAGCCCUUCCCACUGAAGAGUCCCAUGUUCACCAAGAACCAAGUAAGAGAAUUCCUUCUUGGAGUGGUCGCCCAAUCUGGAUGGAGAAGAUGGUAAUGUGCAGAGUAAAAGUUCCGCACACUUUUGCUGUUCACUCCUAUACCCGUCCCACAAUAUGUCAGUACUGCAAGCGGUUACUGAAAGGCCUCUUUCGCCAAGGAAUGCAGUGUAAAGAUUGCAAAUUCAACUGCCAUAAACGCUGUGCAUCAAAAGUACCAAGAGACUGCCUUGGAGAGGUUACUUUCAAUGGAGAACCUUCCAGUUUGGGAACAGACACAGAUAUACCAAUGGAUAUUGACAGUAGUGAUAUGAACAGUGAUGGUAGUAGGGGCUUGGAUGACACGGAAGAACCAUCUCCCCCGGAAGAUAAAAUGUUCUUCCUGGAUCCAUCUGAUCUUGAUGUAGAAAGAGAUGAAGAAGCUAUCAAAACAAUCAGUCCAUCAACAAGCAAUAAUAUUCCGCUCAUGAGGGUCGUACAGUCCAUCAAGCACACAAAGAGGAAGAGCAGCACAAUGGUGAAGGAAGGAUGGAUGGUCCAUUACACCAGCAGGGAUACCUUGAGAAAGAGGCAUUAUUGGAGACUUGACAGCAAAUGUCUAACAUUGUUUCAAAAUGAAUCUGGAUCAAAGUAUUACAAGGAAAUUCCGCUUUCAGAAAUUCUACGCAUAUCUUCUCCACAAGAGUUCACAAACAUUUCACAAGGCAGCAACCCACACUGUUUUGAAAUCAUCACUGAUACUAUGGUAUACUUUGUUGGUGAGAACAAUGGGGACAGCUCUCACAAUCCUGUUCUUGCUGCCACUGGAGUUGGACUUGAUGUAGCACAGAGCUGGGAAAAAGCAAUUCGCCAAGCUCUGAUGCCCGUUACCCCUCAAGCCAGUGUCUGCACUUCGCCGGGGCAAGGGAAAGAUCACAAAGAUUUGUCUACUAGUAUCUCCGUAUCUAAUUGUCAGAUCCAGGAGAAUGUGGACAUCAGUACUGUUUACCAGAUCUUUGCAGAUGAGGUGCUUGGUUCAGGCCAGUUUGGCAUCGUUUAUGGAGGAAAACAUAGAAAGACUGGAAGGGAUGUGGCUAUUAAAGUAAUUGAUAAGAUGAGAUUUCCCACAAAACAGGAAAGUCAACUCCGUAAUGAAGUGGCUAUUUUACAGAAUUUGCACCAUCCUGGGAUUGUUAACUUGGAAUGUAUGUUUGAAACCCCAGAACGAGUUUUUGUAGUAAUGGAAAAGCUGCAUGGAGAUAUGUUGGAAAUGAUUCUAUCCAGUGAGAAAAGUCGACUUCCAGAACGAAUUACUAAAUUCAUGGUGACACAGAUACUUGUUGCUUUGAGGAAUCUACAUUUUAAGAAUAUUGUGCACUGUGAUUUAAAGCCAGAAAAUGUGCUACUCGCAUCAGCAGAGCCAUUUCCUCAGGUGAAGCUGUGUGACUUCGGUUUUGCACGCAUCAUUGGUGAAAAGUCAUUCAGGAGGUCUGUGGUAGGAACUCCAGCAUACUUAGCCCCUGAAGUUCUCAGAAGCAAAGGUUACAACCGGUCUCUAGAUAUGUGGUCCGUGGGAGUUAUUGUCUAUGUGAGCCUCAGUGGCACGUUUCCUUUCAAUGAAGAUGAAGAUAUAAAUGACCAAAUCCAAAAUGCUGCAUUUAUGUACCCACCAAAUCCAUGGAAAGAAAUUUCUAGUGAAGCAAUUGAUUUGAUAAACAACCUACUUCAAGUGAAGAUGAGAAAACGUUACAGUGUGGACAAAUCUCUUAGUCAUCCCUGGCUGCAGGACUAUCAGACUUGGCUUGACCUUAGAGAAUUUGAAACUCGCAUUGGAGAACGUUACAUUACGCACGAAAGCGAUGAUGCCCGCUGGGAAAUACAUGCAUACACACACAACCUUGUAUACCCAAAGCACUUCAUCAUGGCUCCCAAUCCAGAUGACAUGGAGGAAGAUCCUUAAUUUAUCAAUGAGCUAACUUCAAUAAGGAAGGAUUUCAUUUUAUGGACUGAUAUUUUGCUGCACAACUGUUGUUCUUUGGAGGUUGUCGUCUGCAAGGAUGCAAAGACAUGAGGAAAUGUGAUAAGGAACUGGUGACACCAGUACUGUAGUUCAUAAUGAGUAGGUACAAGAGGGGAAACUGAGAGAUAAAAAUUCAUAAUGGAACCAAGAUGAAGCUUUUCAUAAAUUUUUAUAGCAUAAGAAAUAACUGGCUUUUGUAUUUUCCUAAUCCUUCACUUUAGUACAAUAGUGGCACUUAAUUUGUCUUCCCUUUCCUGUUCUUAUAUUAUUUUCCAAAAAGGCAAGCCAGAAUCCUGUUAUUACAUGGCUUGACCAAAGCAUACAAGAGUUAAAAGGUUGAUUACUAAACUUGUUUGCAUUUAAACAGAGAUCAGAGAGGCUGCUGGCAUGUGAUUUCCUAUAAGACUUUAAACAUUUAUCUGACCAUAGAGGGAUUGAGGGGUUUUUCAGAUACCUAAAAAAGGAAUGCUGGACUGUUUUACCUUUCUUUUUUAGGUCAGUCAAGACUCCAAAACAGUGAUCCCUAACCUUUUUGGAGUUGAAUCCCUGAAUAUGCUCUCUACAACAUAAAAAUUAAGUUGUCACCUUUUGUGAGUAUGUUACAAUAGCCUGUAAGAUAACUUUGGACAACUGACUUUACAAAACCAGGAGUAGGAACUGCUGCUGAUCUGCAUGCUGAAUUACUAUGGAUGUCUUCUAGUUCAACUCUGCUGCAAACUGACGUUCCUACUGACGCUGCUGUGACGCCACAGUUAGAUUCCAGCAUUCAAUGGGUAUAGACCAAAGCUAUAAUUACAGAUUAUCUUUACACAGGGUUGAAUAAUUUGAGGGAGGAAAUUAAAUAUAUACUAAAAGUAAGGCCAGUGCAGGGUCAGUUAAAACUAUAGGAAAGAAUAGCAAAUAGUAUCCUUUUUUUUUUUCUUCCCUUAGAUUAUUGGAAGGCUUUACAGAAGUCUGGAAUGUUUUUAAAUCAUUUAUUUUAAGCAGUAUGGGUUGAGCAUGAAACAAUUAUAAGGGUAGGGCUAUAUUAUCAGCAGAGCAAAUGAAAGGAAACUUUUUUAAAAAAACAUUUCAGCUCAAGCAGCCAGCUGAAGAAAUUUUUCUCUACUCAGAUAUGUGAUUUAAGAGGUUAGACUUUUUCAUAGCUUUUAAAAGGUUACUAAUAAUAGUUUUCCCAAAAAAAAGUUUAAUAUCUGGGACUUAUAAAAUCUAAUGGCUUUUUAUUUAUUCAUUCCUCAGUAAUCAUUUUACACACACCCCACCGCACCCCCAAAAGAGCAAAAGAUUUGGAAUCAGAAGAUCUGGGUUUAAGUGUUGGCUCCCUUUAUUAGCUCUGUGGGCCUGGCCAGGUGACAAUCUGAGCCUCGAGUUGCCUAGUGUGUAAAAUGAAGAUCAUAAUCCUUGCCUCUACCUUCCUCACAGUGUUGUUUUGAAGAUCGGUUGUAUAUGAACAUAAUCAAUAAACUAAAUACAAAAUGUGUUAACUGUCACUGCCCAGUGAAUUGGAGGUAGCAAAGGAAAAGACUGUUCAUAUAUUAACUAAGACUCAGAGAGCCUUUGGAGAUCUCUGAAGCUACUCCCUUACCUAGGACUAAAAACAUCCUUGAGAGAGUAGUAGCAAACAUGAAAUGUUCUAUUCUGAGCUCUUCAGAUGUUAACUUAUCCUCACAACCAUUAGCUAAGUGCAUAAUGAACCCCAUCUCACAGAUAAGGAAAUUGAGACACAGGAAGAUUAAAUAGCUGCUGGUCACACAGUUGGUAUUUGAACCCAGACAGUGUUGGCUCUGGAGUUCCUCUUACCCUUCUAACCAUUUUGUUAUACUGUCUUCCCCAUAAAGGUCUCAGGAGACAUUCCACAUCUCUCAUCAUUUCAUUCUCAUUUACAAGUUUUAAAAAUCAAAUUUAAUUCUGCAAAACCUUUUAGAAAUGUUUUCCCUAGGAUAGAAAAUGACUUCCUCAAAUUUCUCCAUAGUAAGUCUGCUUAAUCAGUGUGCUAAAAUGGAAUAAUUCUGAGUCAAUAGGCAUCCUAUUGAGGUUUUACUACAUAAGGUGAAAAUUAACUGGAAUGGUGUUUGUUUGCUAUACUUACAUAAUCAAACGUUAUAAGCCAUGAAAUUAAUUGCACUCUUUUUGUUUUUGUUGUUGAAUGCCUAAGAAGUUUUCUAAAUUUGUAAAGGCACUGUCAGAUAAUUUGAAGUUGAGUAAUUACACCUGAUACUGUGUAACCUGCAUAACCUUUUUUUAUUUUUUGUCAAGCUGUGUUUGUAUAAGAAAUAAUUGAAAGAAACAUUUGAUAAUGUACAAAGUAGUCUAUAAUGACAUUGUUCAGUACAUUUUUAUAUUUUUUGUUACAUCCCACUUUUUGUAAAUAUCCUCAAAGAAGCUUAAUAAAUAAAAUGUAUUUCCAUAUCACCAUACUUUUCUAUGUGAAAACCUGAGCCUAUCUCUAGUCGAGGUAUUCAAAGAAAAUUUUACUUGGUUGUGUUAUUUUCCCAGGCCUUGGUAAGAGAACUAUUUUGGAAAUAGUAUUUGUAAAUGGAAAUAAUGCUAUAUUUAUAACAGUGAUUUUUUUUAACUGCCUAAA